UCCCGCGUCCGCCGCUGCUGCUGAGAGACCGAAGCGCUCUCUGAGGCUGAACCCGCUCCCCACAUCUCCUGCUCCAGCAGCAGCAGCGUGCGCAGUCGCUUUCAGGAGAGCAUAGAUGUGCAAACCCCCUGGAAUAUCCGCACACUGGAGAGGCCGGAACCAACCGCCGUGGAGGACAGCUUCCAUUCAGCCGUGAGAAGGGACCGAGCCACGGGGAAGGCAUGGCGGUAGAGGAGGAAGGUCUUCGGGUUUUUCAGAGCGUCAAAAUAAAAAUAGGCGAAGCAAAAAACAUCCCCCCAUACCCAGGGCCCAACAAGAUGAGGGACUGUUACUGCACAGUCAACCUGGAUCGAGAAGAGGUCUUCAGGACUAAGAUCGUAGAAAAGUCACUCUGUCCCUUCUACGGAGAGGAUUUCUACUGCGAGAUCCCGCGCACUUUCAGACACCUCUCCUUCUACAUCUUUGACAGGGACGUGUUCAGGAGGGACUCAAGCAUUGGCAAGGUCGCGGUGAAGAAAGAGGACCUGCAGAAAUAUCACGGCAAAGACACCUGGUUUCAGCUGCAGCCUGUCAGUGCCGACUCAGAGGUGCAGGGAAAGGUGCACCUGGAGCUGCGUCUGAGUGAAGUUAUCACUGACAGUGGAGUCAUCAGCCAUAAACUGGCAACUAGAGUGCUGGAGUGCCAAGGUCUUCCGAUCAUCAAUGGUCAGUGUGAUCCCUACGCAGCUGUCUCCUUACUCGGUCCUUCCAGGUCAGAAGCUAAGAAGACCAAAGUGAAGAGGAAAACUAACAAUCCCCAGUUUGAGGAGGUUUUUUACUUUGAGGUUACGCGGCCAUUAAGCUACACAAAGAGGCAGUUUGAUGUUGAAGAGGAGGAUGUUGACAAACUAGCGCUGAGGGUGGAUCUGUGGAACGCCAGCAAUCUGAAGUUCGGGGACGAAUUCCUGGGAGGCGUGCGCGUCCCUCUGCGGGUCCUGGGCCAAGCUGGUGUGCACGAUGCCUGGUACUUUCUGCAGCCCCGGGAGAAUGGCGGGAAGUCUGUAAAGGUGGAGGACCUGGGCUCUCUGCGCUUGAACAUCGUUUACACCGAGGACCACGUCUUUCCCUCCGAACACUACAACCCCCUCAGAGACCUGCUGCUGGACUCUGCCAACGUGGAGCCUGUGUCUGCGUCCACCGCUCAUAUCCUGGGGGAGGUGUGUCGGGAAAAACAGGAAGCCGCCAUUCCGCUUGUCCGUCUCUUUCUCCACUAUGGCAAAGUAGUGCCUUUUAUCAGCGCCAUCGCACACGCUGAAGUCAACCGCACACAGGAUCCAAACACCAUUUUCCGGGGAAAUUCAUUGACUUCCAAAUGUAUCGACGAAACCAUGAAGCUGGCAGGGAUGCACUAUCUACAAGUCACACUUAAGCCAAUCGUAGAUGAGAUCUGCACCGAACACAAACCCUGUGAAAUCGAUCCUGUCAAGCUCAAAGAGUCAGAGAACUUGGAGACGAACAGGGAGAACCUCCGCCAGUACGUGGACCGGAUCUUCAAUGUCAUCACCACCUCUGGGGUCCGCUGUCCCACCGUCAUGUGUGACAUCUUCUUCUCCUUAAGAGAGUCCGCCGCCACUCGUUUCCAAGUUGACCAAGACGUCCGAUACACAGCAGUCAGCAGUUUCAUCUUCCUCCGCUUCUUCGCCCCAGCUAUUCUCUCCCCUAACCUGUUCCACCUGCGCCCCCACCAUCCAGAUCCUGCUACCUCCCGAACCCUCACCCUCAUCUCAAAGACGAUCCAGACGCUGGGAAGUCUUGCCAAAUCUAAAUCUGCCAACUUCAAAGAGUCCUACAUGGCUUCCUUUUAUGACUACUUCAAUGAGCAAAAAUAUGCAGACGCUGUAAAGAAUUUCCUGGACCUGAUUUCCACUUCUGGCAAAUGGGAUCAGAAGAGCAUUGAAACGCCAAUCAUGCUCAAAGAGGGGAGUUUAAAGGUCACUAUAAAGAGGGUUGAUGCUAAGGGGUCUAAAGGCACGAAGGGCAGGUUUAUGAUUAAGCGAGCUCAAGGAAGGAAACGGUUUGGAAUGAAAAACUUCAAGAAGAGAUGGUUCCGCCUCACCAAUCAUGAGUUCACCUACCACAAAACCAAAGGUGAGGGAGCUCUCUGCAGCAUUCCUAUAGAAAACAUCCUGGCUGUGGAGCGGCUGGAAGAGGAGUCUUUCAAAAUGAAAAACAUGUUCCAGGUCAUCCAGCCAGAGCGAGCUCUCUACAUCCAGGCCAACAACUGCGUGGAGGCCCGCGACUGGAUCGACAUCCUGACCAAAGUGAGCCAAUGCAACCGCAAACGUCUGAGCACUUACCAUCCCUCAGCCUACCUCAACGGCCACUGGCUCUGCUGUAAGCACUCAGCAGACACGGCUCCUGGGUGUACGCCGUGCACUGGGGGUCUCCCGGCAAAUAUCCAGCUAGACGUUGAUGGAGACAGAGAAACGGAGAGAAUUUAUUCCCUCUUUAGCACAUAUAUGACCAAGCUGAUCAAGAUGCAAGAGGCUUGUGGCAGUAAGUCGGUAUAUGACGGGCCAGAGCAGGAAGAGUACUCCAGCUUUGUCAUAGAUGACCCUCAGGAGACCUAUAAGACCCUGAAGCAGAUCAUUUCAGCCGUGCAGACCUUGGAGCAACAGCACACCAAGUACAAACGGGACAAGUUCAAGAAGACAAAGAUAGGCAGCCAGGAACAUCCUAUUGGAGACAAGAGUUUUCAGUGCUAUGUUCACCAGCAGGCUGAAAACUCCACCUACUCUAUCUAACACUGGCUCAAUAUGUUUUAUUUUUGCUCCAAAUUUUGCCAGAAGCAGCAUACUUUUCCAAACUCUGGGGAAGUGCACCCAAACAGACCCAGGAUUCUAGUGUCGACUUUUAAUCUUUCUAUUUUUUUUUCUAAAGAAAAUGAGAUUGUGUCCAUGCCAAAAAACUCUGAAAGAUAACUCUGACUCUGUUGGGGGUGGCAGCAAGUGACUCCUGAUUAGCCGAAUCGCUCAGCUUCAGCUGCCAAAUUUGAACGGACGAAUCUCCAUCACAUCAAGCCUGGAGAAAAAUCUCCAGGUGAGAGGGGGAAACAUGGAGGACCAGCUUUGAGAAGGGGAAAGAUAAAGAUACAGCACAAGCUCAUCUGUGAUGUGAUGAGAGAUCAAAUUUUUUCACUGGACAGUUCGGACAGUGACCAACAUGCACUUUAAAUGCCUCUGGAUUCAUGGAAGAACAAACUUUGCUGCAGACUUUCAGAAAGCUUUUUUUUUGCCUGGUUAUUUUUUUUUUAUAUAUUGUUGAAAUGAUCUGUUGUAUUUGUUACAUAACUGACCAAACUUCAGAGAACAGGAAGGAAUCAUUUUUUUUCCACUUUUCAGGUUUCUUUUUAGGCUUUGCCCUGAGCCGAUUGACCAAGCAACACAAGAAAGGGAUCACUGGGCCCAAACUAAAAGAAGGCAUGAUGGGAAUUGCACAUCUCCCAAUGCACAUAUUGUCUUUUAAAGCCUUGUCAUCAUCAUGCUGAGCCUCAUUGUCUUUAAGGGACAAUAAGUUUCUUCUUGGCCUAUUUAAAUGUUUGGAUGAGUUUGUGGAUUCGUAGUUGAGGCCUCAGUUAAAACCAGCUUCUGGGAAUAGAAGGAGAAAGGAAGACCUCAAAACCGGUUUCGUUUCCAAAACAGACAGCCAGGGUAGGGUUAAAAUCCUUAUGGUACGAUCAAUCUUGUGUACCAAAAUUAACCCCUUGAUACCAGAAUUUAUUUCCAAAUAGGAAAAAAACUCUGUUUUUUUGGUUGUUGUUUUUUGCUUUCAGGUAGAUGCUAAAUUAAGGUAAUUAUGGAGCGGGAGCGGUUUGGUGCAUAUUUGCAUCAAUAGGCAUCAAGACAUUAAAAAGAAAAUUGUUCGUAACAGAAAAGAAACAGCCCUAAGAAUACGUCAAAUUCAGCCACAAUAUGUGAAAAUAUAUACAGAUUUUUGGUCUUGUUCUUUGGACAUGAGAAAGGCGCUUUUUUAAAUAGUACCACAACGUGAUGCAAUGCAGAACUGAAGAUUUUAUGGCAGCAGAGUUGAACAGAAGAAGAAACCCAUGCAGGAGUUUCCAAAACUAGCUUUCGGCCUGUUUUUGUUGCACUCAACUUCUGUAAAUGUCGUUCCAUAAUGUCCUAACUUUAUUGACACCCAUCCAAACAUUCUCAGUGCAUACUUUGUCCAGUUUGUGGUCAAAGAUGGAAACAUUUUAUUGGAUAGGAUACAGGGUACACCACACAGACUAAGGAAGCACCAGUUAGCGCAGCGUGACUGCUGCAAAAUAGAAGAAUUGUGCCGUUUCAGUGAAUAUGUUGAGUCUUCAGUGAAAGAACCCAGCAGGGACUUCCACCAGGAACCUUUUGCUCCAUGCAUUUAACAUUAAUUAAAAUGUUCACAUUGAUUUUCUGGUAAAACCUAUUACACCUAAAGCAAAAAAGUUCACAUUCCCCCCGCCUCCUCGCCGCUCUGCUUCAGCUCUGCAGCUGCUCUCGUCUAAGAGAAAGUUUCAUCCUCUGGGGGGUGUUUUCGUAAAUUUUCUAAAGGUAUUUUUGCUGAGAAACACUGACAGCUGGAGCAGAACUCUGAUCUUACAUCUCCAAGUCAUCAGGCCAAAAAAAUCCCUUGCAGCUCAGGCUCAUGUUACAGGUACACGUUAGAAGCAAAAAUCAAAGGUUCUGCUGUCGUGAAGCUAAUAAUACAGCAAAAAGCAAAUUAUAAAAGUUAUUUUUUCAACAUUUUGAUUAAUUCUCUAACGUUUUUGCAAAACUUUGAGAAGUCUGCAUCCUUAGGAAAAAUUUGUUGUAGGUACAGGAUGCUAAUUGAUUGCAUUGCUCCAUUCUAUCCAAAGGCAGGCGCUCUAUCUGACUAACUUUUGCCAAACCAUUGAUUGCAUGUGAAGUAUAGAUGUACUUAGCGUGCCAGUGGACCAGUCUGCAAGCUACAUGUGAAUUUUGUGUUCUCCAUAAGUAUAUUUGUGUUUUAGCCUCAUGGGGCAAUCCCUAGAAAGCAGGAUCCCAACCAGUGCCAGUCAUCACUUUUUUAGGAUCUAUUUAAGGAAAAACAAACAAAAAAAGUCAUCGUUAAGAAUUUUUUAUAUAUAUAUAAUUAAGCUCAUGUCUAAACUGUUUCAAAAACAGUUGACCAAUAGUUUUAGAAAUGUGUUUUUUCUGUGUCAAAUGGGUUGAACAAUUCAGGUGAUUUUCAACAGUUUUGACUCAUUUUUUCUCUAUAUUUGUCACACAUAUCUUGAGAUGAAUGGCUGAGGAGAGUGCAUGUUGUGUUUGAAAGUGUGAUUGAGCCAACCCAAGAAGUUACAGGUUCUGUCCCACGGGCCAAUUGCCACUUGUUAAUACCACCACUGCCUGGUUUUUAUGGUAAAACAAUGUUUCUCCUUUGUGAUCUGAUUCCACGCCCUCUUUUCAGUUUUGAUGUCCAGUCAACACAAUGAUGAAAGUGUUAAUUUUUUUCUCCUAAAGUGUCUUCAGUGUGUGUUUUUGGCAGUUACUAACUCUCCUCAGGUGUGUGAAGCUCAUAUUUAUUGUCAUGUUCUGGUUUUAAAAAAACUUUCACGAUUAUCUUCUAAUCUCUGAGUUUUUGCCGUGACAUCAGUUCCAGUAAAUGCUCCAUCGUUUUUCUUUCUUUUCUCGACACCCACAAUUUCGGGAAAGAGUUAUGCAAUACAGAUGAUAUGCAAUAAUGUCCCAGUUUAAACAUUUCACUCCUGCAGACUUUUUUCCAGACAAACCAGUCAUAUAAAGGGAGAACAGUGUAUUUUGUACAAAUAUUUUAAAAGUAUUAAAAUAAGUGUGUUAAAUGUGUAUAUAAAAACAGCUGAAUGAAAGAGUGAAAGAGUGAUGUUUUUUGCCCUGAGAAACUAAAUGAAACUGACAUUAA